UCAGAUUAUUUCAUUGGUUAUUGUAUCUAUCCUUAUCACAUUCACUGUAUAUUCCUAUAAGCUUUUGUCGUUUCUGUUAUGUGUGAUUGUGUGAUACACACUCUGAAAUACAGAUAUUUGAAUCUUAAUUAGAAAGGUGAAUUGAUUCUUAUAGAAAUUUUGUAUAAUUUUCUUAUAGAUACUUUAAUGAAAUGAUUACAGAUGUUGUUGUUUUAAGCGAUUCAAACGAAUCUUCUUUAUCCGUUCAAUCGAAUUCGAAUAAUAGAUCUUUAUCUCAUAAUUAUAAUUCAAGUGAUCUUGAAUUUCCUGCAAUAAAUUUUCAUCAUAUUAUUAACGAAGACGAUGUAAGUAAAUCACGGAAUAUUGAUAUUGCAAGCUGUUCAUCUAAUUUUAACACAAAUGGAUCAUCAUAUCAGACUGAUGAUAAACAUACUGCUAAUAGCAAAAAUUUCAAACAAUAUAAUGUUAGAAAGUUUUCGUACAAUGUUUCUAAUUCAUCUGACUCAGAUGAAAAGAGUAGCAAUACAGAAAGACAAAGGAAAGGUAAAGGUACUGUAAGAAAGAAAAGUAGAAUUGAACUAAAUGAAGAAAAAUUAAAAAAACAAGAGUGCUUAAUGAGAGAAAAAGCACUGAAAGCAAUUGCAGUUAAAAAAUCAAAAGAUAUAAAACCUGGUGAAUGUAUGAAAUUUAUAGAAGUUGUUCUUGACAACGAUAUUAAAAAUGUUGCUCCUAUUACAGAUAUAAUAGAUACAUUGAGAAAUGCUGGUGUAACAUAUACUGUUAAAACAGAAUUUAUUUCAAAUAGCAUUACAUGGAAAAGAAGCAUUGAAAAUAGCUAUAUUGAUGACACUAAUAAAAUAUGUACAGUAACUGAUGUUGAACAAAUUAGUCAAAUAUUGAUAAUUUGGAAUUGGGAUGAGGCAGUAAUAAAAGUAACAGAUGGUAGUUUUUGUACAUCUAUCUCUAGCAUUAAAUCUUCAUUACCAGAUUACAAAAUAACACUCGUAAUUUUUGGAAUAGAGGAUUAUUUUGCAUGUAGAGAACAAAGAAGAAAUUUAAAGGAAAGUAGAACAAAAAAGAAAACCUACAUCGAAAAGUAUCAUCAAAUGUCUACAUAUCCUCACAAAAUAUCAAGGAAACAUCUUGAAACAUGUCUCAAUGAAAUACAAAUUAUUUCAGAUUGUAGCAGUAGAUUAAUUAACAACUCUCAAGAUUUAGCAUUAAUGAUAUAUCAAUAUACGAAAGCUAUAGCAGAGAUACCAUAUAAAUCAGAAAAGAAUAAAAAUUUAACAAAUAAAUUUGAUUGGUAUGUAAUGGGAGAUAAUAGAAACACUGUUAAAGUAGAUAAAAGUGGAAAUGGAUUGAAAAGAUUAUGGCAACAGCAGCUUUGUCAAUUUAAUUUGAGCAGUCUUGAAAUUGCAGAAGCAAUUUGUUCUGUGUAUCCAAGCCCUGCAAAUUUGAUAGAUGCUUAUAUGAACUGUACAGAUACUGAAGGAGUAAAUUUGUUGAAAGAUAUUCCGAUUAGAAGAGCAGCUGGACCUCUUACAACUGUACGUAAAGUUGGCCCAGAAUUAAGUAAAAAAGUCUAUUUAAUGUUCUCAUCUAAAAAUGGUGAAAAUGUAUUAAGUUGAAUUAUAUUUUUAACAAAGUUCAAUAAGUGUACAAAUAGAAAUAUUAUAGUUAGCAGAUGGCUCUUUGUUAUUCUAUUUUCAUUCAUCUAAUGUACAACUGAAAAAUAAUAAUAAAUUAACUAUUUUAUAAUAA